AUGCUACAAAGAGGGGAGAUACAGAAUGAAAGAUAUCCAUUGUGGAGGAACAGCUCUGUUGGGGAAUCUGAGUCUGUCAUAGACCGACUUGCACUAUUCAAAGCAAGAAACAAUAAACUAUUCUAUUACAGGGGAAUACUAGAACAGCAUCCUCUUCAUUUUUCUUUCCAUGAUGGGAAAGUUCUGAAGCUCUGCCCUGUGAGGAGUGAGCAGCCCUGGGCACUGAACAUAAAACGAGGCAUUCUCAGUGUCCUGCAGACAGCACAAGCACCCGCUGCUGGUGCCAUCAUUGAGGAGGUGGACGUUCUGGGAAUAUGCCCAACCAGGUACCAGCAAAAGGGUCCUGUUCUUGUAAAGACAAGGGACUUAAACCUCUGCUCCCAUCGAUAUUCUGGUUUUACUUCUGUGCAGUCUGUUGUUCUUCCUCAUGUGUCGUCCGAGCAGCAGGUCCUGUCUUCCAAACUGGAAUGUGUUCAGAGCAUUAAGGAUGGAGUCCUGGCAGAGGCCAAAUGCACCGAGUCCGACCGUGUGACGCUGUUCCCUCAGAAGGGCGUGGACUAUGAGGAUCUGUACGUGACCAGCAUUCUCUAUGAAAGGGAAGAAAUGGAGAGGGAGGUCAAAGGAAGGGAAGUGACUGAACUGGUGUGGAAGCUUUGCUUAGCACACAGUGCGAGUUAUGAGACUGCAGGCCUUUUCAUGACCCUCGUGUUUGAGCUCCGACAUCUCUCUCUUGAGGCCUUAAGAGCACUAUGGCAAAGAUCUUCAUUUAAGUGCAGAGACAACUGGCAACCAUUAAUAGAUGCUCUCCCAUCUUGUGCUACAGAGGCAUGUGUUGUCCUAAUGAAAGAACUUGUGGCUUCUGGAGAAGUCGAGGAAGACAAAGUAGAAUAUUUCUUCUGGUCAUUUGCAUUCAUUCCUAAGCCCACCUCGGGCAUGAUUGAAUCUCUCACUCCUUUGCUGGAGUCACCCAGAGCAAGCCAGAGCUGCUUCUUGGGAGUAACUGCUCUCCUACACAGAUUUUGCUCAGCUCACAGCUCCUGUGAUGAUGUACCUGCUGUGCAGGGUGUGCUGAGGAUUCUUGGGAAAUUUUUGGGAGGAAACUGCACUGUGCAAGAUUCAGAACAUCUCAGUGAGAUGCAGCUGGUGUUGAAAGCCGUCGGAAACGCGGGACUGGCAGCGGCUUCACUGGCUCCUGUUCUGAGCUCCUGUGCUUCCCUGAGCAGUAAUCCCAUGGAAAUCCGCCUCGCUGCUAUCCAGGCCUUCAGGCGCGUUCCCUGCUCUGUCAGGAAUGAUAUUUUAGUUCAGUUGUAUCAAGCAACCAGUGAAGAUGUGGAAAUAAGAAUUGCUGCUUAUUAUAUGGCAAUGAAAUGUCCACAUGAAGAGUUAUUUAAACAAGUACAAGAGACUUUGCUGAAAGAAACAUCCAGCCAAGUGGGCUCCUUUGUUUGGAGUCACCUCUCUCAGAUCCUGGAGACAGAUGAUCCACUAAAGGAGCACCUUCGAGAUUCUAUUCCUGAUGAAAUCCUUAGCAGAGAUUUUGAAAGGGAGGCAUGGAAAUACUCCUCAUAUUCUGAUGUCACGUUCCACUCAGCUGGUGCAGGUGCAAAUGUGGAAGCAUCAGUGGUGUUUUCUCCUGCAUCUUUUCUACCACGCUCAGUCAUGACAAAUCUGACUGUUCACCUUAUGGGACAGGCUGUAAAUCUACUGGAGGUUGGUGUACGAUUGGAGAAUGCUGAAAGUCUGGUACAGAAGGCUUUUGGGCAGAAAUCUGCUUCUUUCAGUGACUAUUUUUUUGGAAACACUGAUGAAAGAAACCACAAAUCAGAAAACCCAGUGGAAACAGCAGGGAAAGUCAAGCAGAGGAAGCUGAAUUUGAAGCGAUACAGCCCCGCUGAUCACCUUGUGACCAAGAGUGGGAGGCCAAAGUUGAGAAAAACAAACCAGAAUUGUCUUGGUAGAAAGUACAGCCAAAUGAGUGAGUUAGUAAAAAAGUUCACUGAGAGAACGGUGAGAAAGGAGACACUGAAAUGUGAGCUAAGCAUGAAAAUCUUUGGAAAUGAACUUACCUUCUUAGAUUGUGAAGAUUUAAGAAAACAAAUGAAACAUUAUUCCUUAAAUUUGGCUGAGUUGGCUGUCAGACUUCUGAAGGGUCAGGAGGUCCAGUUUAAUAAAAGGAUGAGUUUGGCCACUGAAGAACUGCAGUUUCCAGCAAUUUCAGGCUUUCCUGUUCAGCUGGCAGUCAAUGCCUCGGCAGCAAUCAACAUAAAAAUCAAAGGGAAUGCGGAUUUCAAACAACACUCCAACUUCUUUCUGAACGGGUAUAUCAAGCCAAGUGCAUUUGUUCAGCUUUCUGUGCACAUGGGAACUGUGGGGACUGUGGGACAAGCUGGUCUAGGCUGGUUAACAGGAAUGAGGACAUCUACUAGUCUUGAUGGGGGAAUCCAGGUGAAAAAAGGGCAAGAGCUCAAAGUUUUCUUGAACACUCCAGAAGAAUCUAUGGAGAUAAUUAAUUUCAGCUCUAAACUCCACUUCAGAGGGGUGGAUGAGACAGAAGAAAGAGAUGUUUUCCAAGACCACACAGACACCCGAUCUUGCACCAGGGAGGAAGUGUCAGAGAUUCUUGGCUGGCAGCUCUGUUCUGAAAUGUCAUACCCUGCCCUAGCCAGUGGUUUGGUUUUCCCCCUCACUGGACCCUUGAGAGUGGCUGUCAUAUUAACAAAGAAAGACAGAGGCCUGCAGCAGUACGUUGUGGAAGCUGCAUAUAACUAUAUCCCUCAGGAGAAUUCAUGGAUCCCAAAUGAAGCUGUCUUUCGCUUCUUCAUUGGGACUCCAAAGUCAGACUUGAAAAGGGAUGUUGGUGUUGAUCUCAGUUUUAGUGUCCCACAGAAGAAACUCAGAAUCCAAUUUAUACAACCUAAGAGAAAAAUUGAGAUUGACGGGAGGAUUGAGUUUUCUAAAAAUUCACAAAUUGGACACCUGGAGCUGAUAGUGGAUGACCGAGACGUGUAUUACAUUAAGGGAAUGACAGAUUUGCAGGUGCUGAGUGCAGAGCAGAGAUACAUGACCCAGCUGGAGGUAAAGCUGAUAAAGCAAAGCAGUCCUGUCAUUCUGUCAGGAAACAUCACUAAACAGCUUGGCAAGAAGAUAGCUUUCUCAGUAUCCCUGAAUAAUUUAUUGAAGGAUGCUGCAUUUCUUUCAGCACUUCUGGAGAAAAAGGUGGAUGAUAAGCUGAGACAAUACUCUUUGGAAGGGGAGACCUGCCUUCCAGGCGUUCUUGGAGCUCACGUCAUCGCUCUUCUCCAGCAACAUGAGGGCUUGUGGUCUCACAGUUUGAGGAUAAAAUAUGGGAUCCUAGGAGAGGCAAAGAAUCCUCGUCAUGAAUGUAGUAUGAGGCAAAAUAUCAAAGUGGAGACAGGUGCACAUGGAGUGUACAAAGUGGAUAUUGGGCACGAAUUUCACUGUGUGCAGACUCCAACCUACAAUCACAAGGUUCACCUGAAGCAUGAAGCGAGUGCAUCUUGGCUUUCCUCCCAGAUGGAAGUGAACUAUGGGAAACACUGGGAUGAAAAAAACAACAAAAAGAAACUGCUGAUCAGCCAAGCAUUUAAGAACAGUUCCAGUCCAUCUGUAGUCAGCUAUUUCAUGGAGUUUGCCCUGCAAGUCCUGGAAAAGCAGGUGAAUUACAGAACCCAGCUGCAGCACUUGCACACCUCUAAGGUGUAUUUGCAGAGCAGCACCAACUUUGAGGUGCAGUACAAUGACCACGUGCCAUUUGUGGCUGGGCUGCAGUGGAAGGAUGCAUCCAGAAAUGGCCUGAAGAAGUGGGAAGGUGGGUUAAAUCUAGACACCCCAUGGCUGUAUCUGUAUGCAGCUCACAAACUACAUCAGCCUCAGAAUUCUGCUUAUUUACUGACCACAGAGCUGACAACUGGAAAAGCUCUCUCCAUUAAGAACCUCGUAGUGGAACUGUUCUAUAAAGAUCAAGGCAAUGAAAAGGAAGGGAAAGUUCACAUUUACACACCAGCUACCACGUACCUGCAGGCAUCGACAUUUAAUCGUCUCGGGAGGAAUGUUCUGCAUAGCUAUGGUGAAAUGAUCUCUCUGUGGAAUCAGCUUGUGAAGAAUGAGAUUCAUUUGGAGAAUAAUGAACGAGCCAAACUUCUCUGCUUUAAGAUAACAAGUACAAAACAGGAAUUUAACUUAACAGCCAGCUAUCAGAAUCUGCCAACGCCAAAGAAGACAAACCUUUCUGUGAAGAUUGUAUGGAGAGAUUACAAAAGUCUGCCUGUCAUACUGGAGCUGGAAGGUCAGAUAGAGGAGCUGAAGAAGGAGAAGAUGCUCUAUCAGAAACGUGGAACCCUCCAUUUCAGGCAUCCUUUUAAAGUGCCCUUUCUGCAGAGCUUCCUUCUGCAGGAGACUUUUACUGUUGACAAAAAGCAAAAGCACUAUUUCAUGGAAACAAAGGUUUUGAUAAACGGGGUCGAGGAAACAGUUCAAACUCUUAUACUUGGUUACCAACCUGAAAACCCCUAUAUUUGUGCUGGCCUAACUCAUCCUUAUAACCACAAGUUGUUCCCCAAAGACGUCGAAAUAUGCAUUUUAACUCUAAGUCAUCAAAAUGUGAAGAAUGAAUUUGAGACUAUCUUGAAGGUGAAUAAGGAAGAUGUCCUCAACUUUCUAGGGAGGUAUCAGAACAAAUCCAGUGAUGCUGAUUUUAGACAUCUUUUGCACAUGAAUAUGACACAGUCAUUCCAGCUUGAGUUUCCACAGGCAAUGGGCCUCAGUGGGGAGCUGUUUUCCAGGCAGAAUGAACUGGAGCACUUUGACUGUGGUGUGAGUGUAAAAGCCAUCAUCAACAAGAACGUGUCUUCACAGGCCCAGGCAGCCCUGAGGAGUUAUGGUGAGAGCAACUUCAAUGGCUCUCUUCACCUUCAUUCCAGUGGAAGGGACAUGCUGAUGCUGGGGCUCGAUGUGAACAAUGAAAAGAGGAAGAAUGGCAGAGCUGUUGCACUGAGGGCUUUUCUCCAUCAGACAAUCCUGACAAACCCAGAAUCGAUACAGCUGCAGCUCAUUGGCAAAAUGUUUCCAUCAAGACUUCUGAUAUCUUCUGAGUUGAAGCUUAAUGAAAAUAGGCUUCACGUGGAUUUCAUGGGAGCUAGGGAACAGAAAGCUGGUUUGGUUUUGUCCCUAAAUGGAAGAGUCCAACAUACAUUUGCUGGAUUAAAGGCCAUGCCUCAUCUUCUUUCUCUGAGUGGAUUACUGAAGUGCAAAAACAACAUUCAUGAUGGUAAUAUCAAUGUGAUGGUCAACAAAACACUGUAUGGACUCCAUCUCAGGAACAGGAAUGUGUUUGGGAAUGUCACUGUACACAACAUCACUGUUGCCAUGUUUCAGAAUGGCAGUCUGGCAAUCCCAGUGGAGGCAAGACUGAAAGGGCACCUGGAGCUGAGUAAAGAGAUGAAGAGGGGCCUAGCCAGCUUCCAGGUGGAUGAGAAGGCUCUUUCUGUGGAUUUUUUCAAUAUCAUGAGUCGUGGGCACAGCAGAGUCAGUGGGACUUUCACACAUAAUAUUGACUUCUUAAAAAAUGCAGGAUUGCCAUGGGAUGGCAUUCUUACUGCCAGGUGUGAACGUGGCACAGGAAAUCACACUGUUGCUGUAGCCCUGCAGAGUGGCAGGGAAGGGAUUACUGUUGAGUUUGGAGGGCACAGACUGGCCACAGAACCUCCUAAAUCCCAGCUCUCUGUGAGCUUAAAGCACAACAUCUCAAAGAUAAAGGAACAAGGGAUCCCUUUUAUUGUAGAAGCUGCUGGCUAUUAUGAGAAUUUCACCACAAAGAUUGCUGCAGGGAUAACAACCACAGUGGAGAAGGAACAGCUCAAAAUUGAAAUAGAGAAGGAAAUCACUGGCAGUGCUGUGGAAAUUUCUCUCUCACUUCACCAUGAUGUGGGAGGGCUGAUGGACAUUGUUCCACGUGUACUAGAGCUCCAUGCCACUGCCAACAUCCAACCUCAUCUGGAAAUCCAUUUCCAGCAUUCUUUGCCUUCACUUCAUUCUCUGGGGAUUGCCAAAGAGAACCAAGUGAAGAUAUCAGCCCUGAGAAGUGACAAGUAUAAAGGCAUCCUUGGUGUUGUCCUUGGGCCUUGCAGUCUGAAAGCUGAUGGAGAAGUGAGCCUGGCAAGCAAUGAAACACAGUGGGUACUUACUGUCAGGAACAAGUGUGUCAGUCUGGAGGAGGUGGGAUUGCCUCGUGUAGUGGUCUUUGGGGGCUCAUUUCAUCAGAACAUCUGCAACGUGGGCUUGUUAAUGAACCUCCAGUGUGAUGGCAGAACAGUUGAUGUGCAGAUAGACACGUCCUGCCAACACGAAUAUACACUCCAAGGGAUGCUCAGGCACUCACUUCCCUGGCUCAGUCAGCUUGGGCUCCCUUUGGAAAACUCUGUCUUGUUCUCUGCAGCCACAGACUCUGCCACAGAGGGCAUUUUGUUGCUGCAGGCUGGCAGAUGCAGACUUAAGGCUAGAGGAGAUCUCUGUAUUCAGGAUAAAGCUGAAUGGACACUGGAAACAGAAUCAGAAUGUCAACUUCUGCAGGAUCUCAGUUUCCCAACUCAGUCACGGCUCACAGGAUCCAUUCAGAAAGACAAGUGCCAAGCAGAGCUUCUCUCUGUCCUGGAAACAGAAGGCAAAACUGCCCGUCUUGAAGUGAGAGCAGAGUGCAAGCCAAAGAUUACACUGGAAAUUCAGUUCAGGCAUGACCUCCCCCAGCUGAAGGAAAUCCCAAAGGAAAAUGAGUUGUCCAUCACUGCACGGAAACAGCUGAAAUAUUUUCUUGGAAUAGGAAUGAAAGUGGGUGCUUGUGAGCUUCAAAUGAAUGGGGACUUUGAUCCUGAAAAGAAGCUUCAGUGGAAAAUGCUUAUAGAAAAUAAAUGCCAAACAAUUCAGGAUCUUGGAGCACCAGUGAAAAUUGAUGGGUCAGGCUACAUUUUGAUGGAUAAAAUGAACCUGGAUUCACAGACACUGAUCACUGUUGACGAAAGUAAAUUCCAAGGACUCCUGAUACUCAAAGUCACUGAUGAAAGGCAAGAGCUGGAUGCAGUGCUAACCCACAACAUUCCAGGAGCUGCUGACAUUGGCAUUCCUAUGAAGAUGUUAAUUGAUGUGAUAUCAGAAAAAACCAGUGACUUCUAUAAAAGAUUUAUUCAUUUCAGUGUGAACAGCAAGCAAAUUACAGAAGAACUGAACUUUGUCCAGAAGUUGGAUGUUUUGUCUCUUAACUACAAACUCACUCAUAACUUAGAGGUGCUGAAGACUUUGCAAAUAAAAGACAGGAUUGAGCUGCAGGCUAUCUUGAACCUGGAAGUCACCAAGAGCUUUAGUAUGAAAGUGCUUUAUGGUCCUCACCUAACAGUGCUUGAAGGACAAAUCCAGGAGUUUGAAACAAGUACCAACAUAACAGGGAAUUUCCAUCACACUUUGCCAUGGCUGCUACAAGUCAGAGUCCCACCAUCUUUACAGAUAGGUGUGGUUUUUCAAGGGAGAAACACUACUCAAGAAAGAUAUGUGCAUAUUGCAGCUGGAGAAACAUCAAUCACAUACAUAAUAAACUCCUAUUAUGUUGGUCACCAAGUGGAUAUCUUCUGCCAAAGUGUACACAGCAGUGAGGUACUCCAGGCAGCUGGUUAUCCUAAGGCAAUCAACUUGAUUCUCAGCUUACAGGAAUCAGAAAACAAAGCCAAGACUGUCUGUGAAAUCCAAUAUGAUGAGAAAGAUAUAACUGUGACUGUGGAUGUUGGCACAGACUUUCAGCUCUUUGGUGUAUUUGUGUUCAUGGCAGAGGUGAAGCAUUCCAUAUCAUUUCUCCAUCAUCUGGGACUUCCCUUCUUUCUUAAGGUGACAAUUCAGGAAGUCCUGACUGAAAAUGAAACUGCAGGAGCUCUGAGGCUGACCUAUGAACAAAACACAAACUUCUCCUUUGCCAUCAGUAGGAAAAAAGACCAGCAAGGUGAAGAGUUGAAUAUAAAAGCACUCCAGACUCAUCCCUUCUUUCUACAGUACUUCCCCAGUGCAGCAGAAGUGUCUUCUAAGGUAAAUUAUGAUAUGAGUGAAGCAAAAGGCAAACUCUGCCUCAGGAUGGAAAAAAGGGAUUUCAAUGUUACAGCGAAGCUCACUCUGACUGGAACCAGCUACAUGAAUGCCCUUGAAAUAGUACAGACCAUGACCCAGCUAAAAAUGGUUCCAAGGCAGCUUGUGUUAAUGACUGCUUACCAAAAGGGCAACAGGACACGUAUGCUGAGGCACAUUGCUCUGUGGGAUGGCAAAGAGAUAAAGGUAACAGGCACUUACACUGGACUCUUCCCAAAGUUGCCUGGAGGUCACAACAUUCAGGUGGAACUUUUCCAUCCUCUCUCCAUCCCUUUCCCACGGCAUGCCAGGGUCAACUUAUAUGUAAAACAUUCGGCACGUCAUCACCGGGAUGAUCUUACUGUCAUUUGGAAUGAGGAGGACCAGAUAUCAGUGUCAUCUUCUCUGAAGUUUGGAAGACACCGGACAAACUACAGAGCCACUGUUGCCCACCCAUUUAAUUACACCCUGAAGCAACUGGAGAUCCAUUCCCUGUCAGAAAGAAGGGGCAGAAAGUACAACCAGCAGCUGCAGCUGGCAGGGAAUGCUGGGCAGCCUGCUGACAUCCGACUGACCCUGGAGGAUAAAUCCAAGGUGGACAUCACUGCCUGGGGGGGCUGUGUGACACUCUCUGCAGGCCAGCUUCAGAGAAUAUUAAGUAUGGAACACCUGCAUGCAUGUGGAUCUCUAGAGCAAAGAUCAACACUGUUUAAUGAAUAUCUAGAUCUGAAUUGGGAUGACAAAAAAAUCAAACACAAUUUUACAUAUGAGAGAAAUCAAUUCUUGUAUCCUGAUAAAUUCCAGUUAGAAGCUGUCCUAGAAAAUAUUUUCCUGACCCCAUGCACCAAACAGAAGAUUCUGGGUAAAAUAGAAACAAACUACUGCUCUUCCCUGGAUCAUUAUACAAGCUUUGAGUUCUGUGACCUUCCAAAUGUAAUUGUUUUAUCUGGAAAACACCAGCUCAACAAAGAUAACAUCAUUUUGCAGUCAGAGAGCAGAUUCCACCUUGGUGAUCACAGGACAGAUGGGGGGUUUAUUGGAGUAUCCAUAAAGAAUCAGAGCACUGCUGAUGUGAAGAACUAUUCUAUGGAAAUUGAUUUAAGAGCCUUUGAAGAUAUUUGGCUAGGCCUGGCAGGAACUGCUACUUCCUCAUCUGUCCAGAGCCAAAUCCUGCUGGAGGGGAAUAUCGAUCAGAAAGAGAAAGUAAAAGUGGCAGCUUCAAAAGGAAAGGAGUGCAUUCAGUACUACCUGGGGUAUCUGAAAGGGGAUUUGGAAGAAGGAAUGGAAGUCAGUGCUUGUUCUGAUGGGCAGGAGAUGGCUGCCAUUAACACCUAUCUCAGCAUCAAUGGAGAAAGGCAGGAAAACGCGGGACAAGUGACUCUAGCAGCUGCUAAUGGAAGCUUGAGUUUUCUGGCUCAUGGAUGCGGGGAUCCAGUUCUUAAGGCUGAGUACAAGCUUAAUGAAAUUGGGAGUCUUUUGAAAGCCAAACUGAUGGAAAAGAUAAAGAAGUUUGAUGGAUACAUGUGGAGAUUCAGGAGAUCAGUGCAGCAAGUUGGUUUCCUGUCUGAAGCAGCUGGCUGGCCUUCCACAGCCUUGCAGAAGGCAGCAGGAUUCCUGCUCAGCGGGGGCAGAGCUGUCGCCCAGGCGUGGAAGCAAAGCGGAAUCGGGCAGAUCCUGAGGAGCAAGGUCCCGCUUUACCUGGAUAAAGUUCAAGGCAUUGUCCAGCAAAUGCAGAACGAAUUGCAAAAGCCACUAGCAACUUUGAAGGACGCCUACUAUGAUGUAACCUUGAAGCCACUGGAUGAGGUCUGGAAAGAGAAGACAGAAGAGUGCAUGAAGAAAAUCCAGGCUUUUUUACCCAAUAUUGUAAAAGAUGCGUGGCUAAUGGAACCAAUCCAGCUGGCAUUAAAGGUUGUGAAAGCAGCCUUGGAUACGACCACACAGCAGAUGUUCAGGUGGGCAGAGGCCACGUUUUCCAGAGCUGUGAGAAAGAUCCGGAAGCCCUUGCUCAACCUGUACAGUUUUUCAGCCAGGAACUGUUCCGUGGCAGUAAAACUGCCAGUACUGCCCAAAGGAGACCACUCCCUACAGCUGGCAAAUGUUCCUACUUAUCUCGUUGGAGAGAAAAUAAUGAGGCCUCUGCAAGACCUCUACAAAAUCAACAUCCUUGCGGAGUAUUAUAGAUUCAAACGGAGGAUGGUGGAGAGUCCCUUCGAAUAUCAUGCUCUUUUAGUGGGGACCAAGCAUCUUGUGACUUUUGAUGGAAAAAUUUAUGAUUUGGCAUCAAAGUGCAGUGUACUUCUUGCCAAGGAUUUCGUCCACAAUGCUUUCACUGUAAUACUAAGUGAGGAAACCAGUAACUCAAGAUCACUGUAUGUAGAGAUGAACCAGACUGUGAUCAGUAUCCACCCAAGACUGAAGAUCUCCAAGAUGUUCUCCUUUACGGAAGAGAAGUGCCAAGUACUGGACAAAUCACUUGAAAAGAAUACCACUAAUUCAAGGAGAGAAACCAACAAAAUAGAAAUAUCUAAUCAGAAAGGAGUUUCUCUGUCCUGUGACUUUCAGUAUGAUCUCUGUACUGUCACUCUGGCUGGGUGGCACCACGGUAUCUCAGCUGGGCUUUUUGGCACCAAUGAUAAUGAAGCUGGAAAUGAAUGGAUGCUUCCUAAUGGCUCCUUCACUGACAACGUGCAAGAGUUCACACAGAGCUGGCAGGUGAACAAGUGCAGUCUUGUACCGAAGAAAGAGAAGUCAUGUCCAAUUACAGGCAAGCAAAACAUCUGCAAAGUGUUUUUUGAAGAACCACAUUCACUUCUUAGGAACUGCUUCAAAGUUGUGGACCCCGAGCCCUUCUACACCAUGUGUACACAGGACACCUGCGAGUCCCCGGCCCCGGGGGCUGCCUGCAGCUCAGCAGCAGCUUUUGUUCAUCUGUGCAACCGGAAUUUUGUCCCUGUGGAAAUCCCUCCACAGUGCUUGAGCCUGUUCUGAAUGGCACAUACCAGCCCUGGAGAUGGAAGAACCCUUUCAGCACCCAAAAAUAGAAAUUAUUUUAGGUAGACAAAGCUAGAGGCAGGAGCAGGAGAACAG